UUGGGCUUUAGCUUCUGAGCUGCCGUUGAUCCAGGGCGACACCAUAAGGUGCUGUCUACUUGCCGGUUUACGUGUGUGGUGUCAUGUAUUGUGUCCAUAUUGUUUAUCAUAUUGUUAACAGCCUCGGCCUGUCUACAUCAAGCGGCGUUUAGUGGCUUCUUCAGGGCUUUGAGAAUCAGAGAUGUUACUUCCAUCACAAGUCGAGAGAAUAUGGAGACUGACAGACAAGCUGCAGAGGAUUUGACAACAACAGGAAGGCCUUACUGAGGCCAACGAUGGCCCUCGCUGAGCUGAAAUGGAGUUUAUUUCAGGCCGAAGCCCUCGUCUGCUCGUUGCUGGUCCUACCGUUCCUCCACACAGCCACGGGAAUGUCAGGGUGGGAUGGAUGUUUGGAUGGUCAGGAUGUGGUCACAACGAUCAGAGAAAACAGCCAUUCAGGAGAAGUUGUUGCUGAACUCAUGGCUGAAACCACAAUGGACGGGGUUCACUGGCGCCUGGAUGGGAAAGAUGCUGAUUGGUUUUUCUUGGAUGAAGGGAGCAUCCGGCUGAACGCAUCAGCUGACAGGGUCCUCGACCGAGAGGCUCAGGUUCCUGUCCUAAUGGCUGAGUUAUCAUGUUACCAGGACGACGCACUUCAGAGUGUGUACAGGAUCAUGGUGGAGGUUCUCAAUGAGAACGAUAAUUCGCCUGUGUUUGCAAAAGACGCGGCCCAGUCUCUUACUAUCAACGAGCUGACUCCAGUGAACACUGUGGUGUUCACUGUCCAGGCCAAAGAUGCAGAUAAUGACAAGAUCAUUUACUCCAUCGACCAGGCGUCACCGGAUGCAGAGUACUUCAGGGUUGAUCUCCCCAACAGUGGGCAGGUGAUCCUAUUCAGGCCUCUUGAUUAUGAGACCAAAACCCUGCUCACUGUCACCAUCCACGCCUGCGAAAUGAACACUGCUGAGCGCUUCAGUGCCAGCACCAACAUGACCAUCAACGUCCAGGAUGGAGAUGACCAGUACCCACAGUUCGUGCCCUGCGAGCUCCUUUUCCAGGAUGAAACCAGUCGCAUCUGCACCAGUCCUUUGUACACAGUAAACGUCACAGAUGUGGAAGAGGACAUUGUGUUGGACUUCUGGCCUGGUCCCAUUCAUGCUGUGGAUGGAGACAGAGGACUCAGCUCUCCACUCAGCUAUGCCAUUAUCUCAGGAAACGAUGAUGGGUGUUUCCUGAUGGACAGAGAAACGGGGGAGGUGAAAAUGAUUUGCGUAGUUGAAGACAAACUCACAACCCCAGAGCUGCAGCUACAGGUCAUGGCGUAUCAGGACGACGACCCUAGGAAGUAUUCUGUUGCCACGGUGUUGGUCAGAGUUCUGGCCGUGAACCAGUUUUAUCCAAAGUUUGACACAGCUGAAUAUCAAGGCUUUGUAACUGCCGGAAAGACCACGGCCUCUCUGGUCAACACUUAUGGAAGCAAAGCACUGGUGUUAAAAGUGCAAGAUCGAGACUUUAAGCACGGCUUCAAUCCCAUGAUCCACUUCACCUUCAGUCCUACAUCCAAUCACACAGAAAUCUACCAAAUCACACAGGAGGGUCUUCUGAUUGCCAGGACCAAUCAACUCCGACCAAAACAGAUACACUUUCUAGAGGUAACGGCAAGAGACCAGGAGUCAGGCGAGGCCACAUUUGCCACUGUGGUGGUGGAUGUGUUAUCUGUAGGGCAAUCAAGUAAGGGCACGAGUACUUCGCAACCUUUCUGAGAUUUCUCAGCUUUUUGAGGAAAUGCAUCAACCAUAACUUGUGCGGACAAGAUGUUUUCAGAGAUAUUUCAGAGAGGAUGCAUCCCUCUCAGUCAGUUUCCUGUA